AUGCACCCCGGGUCAUUCAAAGGGAACCCAUCACUGUCUGUCACCGUGUCUCAAUACAUGGUCAGCCUUCGAAGGCGUAAAGUGCGCCAGGGAGAAGUCGUGACAAGUGCACGUGCUAUUGACGAGGAAACAAUCAAGGUAUUGUAUUACUUCAACAAUGGUUACCCACCGCCGGACGGCCUGGACGGCUUGACUUCCCGUAAACGAAAGGCUGAGCAUCCGGAAGACUGGGCUGGGUAUACGAUCCGCAUGAUGCUGCAGGUCCUCUACAUAACGUCAAUGCUCUGUCUGCUCCGGUACGAUGAAGCGCUGGGGAUUAGCUGGUCCGACGUGUUCUUCGAGCGUGCCGAGGAUGGUUCGUGGCACCGACUGCGUCUCGAGCUACCUGUUCGGAAAACCCACCAGAAUGGCGGAAUAUCACCAUUUUAUCUGUAUCCAAAUAAAGAACGGCCAUGGAUGUGCCCCAUACGUGCAUGGGCAACGUGGUGGACAAUUGUCCGUGUAGCGUCCGGUAACACUAUCCCGCAAGGCUACGUUUUCCGUAAGAAAAUGGGCACGGAUAAAUUCAGUAUCCUUCCAGGAGAUGCAAUGUCCUCUGAUUCGUUCCUUGAAUGUUUUCGGAGUAACCUCCUCGAUGUCCGCAUUGACCCACGACCCUACGGGACUCACUCUUUCCGACGUGGCGGUUGCCAGUACCUUGCCAUCACGUUGCGAUGGCCUCUGCGAGACAUCUGCUCUUGGGCUGGGUGGGCCGAGAACUUUGACAAUCCCGGCACACUAUUCAAAUACCUCUUGUCUUGGAAUGAUGCACCCCGGGUUCAGCGCGAGGACUACUUCAAUCCGAAACGCGCUGCUGAGAAACGUUGCAGUGUUUGCGGGCGCUCGUGUCACUGUGCAUAG